GUUAGUGGCUUAAUAGUAAGAUGAGGGUCAUUAUAAAUAGCAGAGAUUCCCUCCGUUGUCUGUCCAUAGCCUGUUAUACUCUAUACUCUUUUUUUUCUCAAGGACAUCAAUAAUCUUAUCCACAACCUCCACCAUGCACAUCAUCCUCACAGGCGCAACGGGCCUCGUUGGCUCUGCAGCCCUCGUCGCACUACGAGCCAGGCCAGACAUCUCCAAGAUCUCCAUUCUCAGUCGUCGCCCAGUACCCAUGCUGGAAGGCAACAAUGAUGAUCGCAUUCAAGUGAUUCUCCACGAUUUCAAAGGUUACGAUAAUGCAUUGAAGGAGCGCCUGCGAGAUGCCCAAGGGGUUGUAUGGGCCCUAGGAAUCAGUCAAACCGCCGUGUCAAAAGAGGAAUACAUCCACAUCACCAAGACCAUGACCCUCGAAGCAGCCAAGGUCUUCGAGCAACUCAAAUCAGACGAGCCAGACAACUUCAGGUUCGUCUUUGUAUCCGGCGAAGGCGCUACCCCCGAACCAGGUCGAUUCACACCUAUUUUCGGACGCGUCAAGGGCGAAACGGAGAUCGCUCUUAUGGAGAUGGAGGCCAAGAACCCCAAAUUCCAAGCUAUGAUCGUUCGCCCGGCGUAUGUCGACCCGAAAGAUCAUCAGGUUAUUCAUCCGUGGAUCCCGCAAUUAUCACUUGCGAGGCGCUGGGGAGACAGUGUCCUUGGGCCCCUCGCCCGAGGCCUUUGGAAGGGAAUGCAUAGCCCGACUGGUCCUCUAGGAGAAUUCUUGGCUGGGUUGCCGGUGGGUGCAUUUGAUGGGAAGUUGAAGGGGGAGGGUGUGGAAAUGCAUGGUAGUAGUGUUUUGGUGAAUAACGUGGGCUUCCGCCGGAUAAUGGGCUUGAAUUAGCGGGGGUAUGCUGGCACUGCGGGCGCUGGAGGCUUGUUCAACUGUUCCAAGCAACAUAAUACUGUUAAUAGUCAUAGAUGAGAACUUUAAAUACAUGAU